AACCCGGCACAUACAACAGAAACAAACUCGAGUAACAAUAUUGUGGAUUUACUUCCGCAAGUCAUAUGACGCUACUUCCGUUGUCCGGACGCUUUUUUGGUCGUUAUGGUUAACUGGAAAAAUCACAGUUCGACUUUUUGUUGUUGUUGUUGUUGUUUUGUAUAUUUUUUUAAGACAAAAAAUGUUUAAUUUAAGGAUACUGUAAAAUAUGUAUUAGGUAUUUUCUUAUCUGAAUGCUAAUGUUGCUGCACAAUCAUGUGAGUUGUCGUGAUAACGGGAACCAAAUUAGCUGGCUAGCUGAACUAGUUAAUGUUUUAUCCAAAAAGGAAAUGUUUUAUCCAAUUAGGAAUAUAUCGAAUGAGCGACAUCGAUAAUGACAGAUAAACAUAAUCCGUCACUGUCAGUUAGCUAACACUAGUCGGUAAUUAAAACACAACGCAGUAUUUCUAUACACAACUAACUAUCUAGCAUAUCGCUGUAGUAAUAGUACUGUGUGUGGAAAAAAACAACAGUAUUUCUUAUUUAAAAUGUGGACUCGUGGAGGCAUCCGCAGUUCAGCUCUGGACAGGGCAAAGGCUCAGCUCUCUGGACAGAGAGUCACAAACAGCGGAACAUUAAGGGUUGACAAAAGAGAAAACGUGGUCAGUGCCAGCUUUGGAAAAGUCCUGCAAUCCAGACAGAUGCCUGUGCACAGCCUAAGUGAUCUCUCCUCACGCGCUGAAAGUGAAAAACAAAAUUAUCAUGCUCAUCCUGAUAAAACACAGCCAGUAGAACAGUUUGGCAUGGGUGGUGGAAGUAGAUUUUUAAAGAAGAAUGCUAACAGACAGUCAUCUCCUGCUGACACAAGCGAGGACAAGUUCAUCCCUCAGCGUGGCUCACAGAGUGUGGCACUAAGCAGACUCGCGCUGAUCGAAGACCGCUUCAGAAAUCGUACAAACAGCAAGCUUGGCAUAGACACUGUUGCAGACCACAAAUCCAGUCUCUCUGUCCAGUCCAGCAGUGAGCUGAGUGCCACCAACAGGAGCCAUUUCCUUAAAAAGAAAGCAUCCAGUCCUAACAGUCAGAAGGAGUCUGAGAGGCCACAUACAGAUAUUUGCAUGGGCCCUACACACUCAGUGUCUCUUAUGCAAAAAGGUGUGAGUGUGGACAGCGAUGAAGAAGACAUGCGUAAACUCCUAGGAGAAUCCUUUGAAUCACCAGAUGGAGUCAAAGACAUGAGACAGACAGAGACGAGUCCUCAGCGGGCUGUUAAGACAUACAGGAAAAAUAGUAAAGAGAUUGACGUGCCUGCUCCCGAGCAUAAAGAAAAGCAGCCAGUUCAGUCAGCAUUCGCAGCACAGCAUUAUAAGAGCCCCUCUCCAUCACCACUGUCAUCUCGUAAAAUCUCCUCACCCAGCAGGCUUUUCUCCCAGAAAGCUGACCUCAACUCGUCACUGUCCUCAGCACCAGAUCACAGUGAGAUUAGGUCCCUCGAGGAGCUUUUCCUCAUCGCCUCUGAUCAUGAUGACACGCAGAGUGAGAGAAGUGUGCUAUCUGAUGAUUUCAAGUUAAAUGUGAUGACGCUAGACGAUUUGGCUCCUGAUACCCUUAAUAUAGCUGGAUUAUCAAAAGAAAAGUCUGACGCAAGUCCCCGGGAGCUCAGUAUGUUCUCAGCCGGAGAGAUCCUGCACAAGCCUGUGGAGGAACCAGCGUGGUACGAGAGUGACUUCGAAAGUGAGAUCCAGACCGAAAUGGCUCAGAGUGUGGACGACAUCUCCGAGCAUCUCUCUGGUGGAAGUGAACAAUCCUUUGUAGCUUCUGAGCCUCAGUCUCUCUCAGCUAAAUCAAACGGUGAUGAUGAUUACACGCUCUCAGGAAAGCCUUCCAAGUCCGAGAGCGUCCAUUACAGUAGAUCUGAGUCCAGUUUAAGCCACAGCGGAUGCUCUGACACCCCGUCCUACUCCAGCGACGCCACGCAUACUCACACCAAUAGACAGAGUCCCGGUGUCAGACGGCCCAAGAAGGAUGCCACAGUGCAGACGCAAGCAGAGGGACUCGCUUAUAUGUGGUCUUCUGGUACUGAAGCUAAUAGUUUACUGAUGAUGACAAGGCUAAUGAAGAUAAGUAAUGGAAGUUUAGCAUUGUCCAGAGUUUACCAAUGGUGGAACGAUCCCAUUAAAUGUCAGGCUGUACUGGGCCCAUCAGUAGGAAUGUCCUACACGGAUCCAACGCCUGUGGCGAGUCACAUGAUCAGCACUGGAGCUAUGGAAGCAUUAACGGCGUACAGUCCUGCUGUGUUUGCUCUGAACGACAUGCUGAGGCAGCAGCUCACACUGACCAGGAGCUUCAUCAAGUCCAGCCGGCAUUUACACCAAGCCAUGCUUGAGUCCCUGGGGCCCCCCGACUACAGAUACACCACGCUGGAGGACACGAAGGAGUUUAUCCGUUGUAACAGGCCUCCUAAGCUGACCUUGGAGGAUGCACUGGAGGAGGUGUUGCAGGAGAUGAGGGACUAUCACUAUAUUUGAAGUGCACAUUUACAGAAUUGUAGAUCUAACAAGCUGCACAAGGAGAAGCUCUCAUUCACAUACUCAAUGCUUCUAUGUAAUGCAAAAUGCAGGUUAUUUUUUUAAAUUGUUACUUCUGUGAGGUUUUCUAUGGUGAUUUUUUCCUAUGCUUUAAAAGCAACAGUUAAAGUAUACUGCAUAAAUGAGGUAAAUGGAAUUCGGUCUGGAUAAGGGCUUCUACCAGAUACCGUAAACGUAAGCAACAUUUAGACACAAGCAGGAUGAUGCUCAGUGUCUUCAGCUAAAUGAGGAUAGGAAGGUCAGUGUUGUUCAUUUAACCCGAUGCAAACUGGAGGCUACUCAUAUAAUCAGGGUGAGACUUCACAAGAAUUAUGUACCAUACUUUUUGUGUAACAUUUCAUACAUUGAAUUGUUUGUUUAUUAAAAUAUUUCUACAUGAA